AUGGCUGCUGCGGUGUGGGCCGAGCCACCCGGCAUAUCAAAAAGCUACCUUCCACCGAGUGCGAAUGGAUAUCCAAAAGGACCACAAGGCUUCCAAGGAUCCCAUCAGGGUCUACAAUCCCAGAAUCUCCAAUCCCAGGGAUUCCAAGGACCCCAGGGAUUAGCUGGUGCCCCUGAAGUGGUAGCUGCGAGGUCUUUUGCCCAAGGACGAGAGCAGACUCAUGGAAAUAAUCUUGCAAGAAAUAGCGUUCAUGAUUCGACCCACUCGGAAGGCUACGACAGUACUUUUGGAAGGAACGGAGAGGCCGCGGCGUACGAGUUCGGGUAUACCGUGGAUGGGGGCGCUGACGAUAUGGGGCGGUCAGGCUAUGAGGAGGGGCGGUCAGGCUAUGAGGAGGAGCGGUCAGGCUAUGAGCAGGGGCGGUCAGGGGGCCCUCAGUUCGGCCAUCACGAAGAGGGGCGGUCGGGAGAAGCGCGGGGGGCGUACCAUGUAGUGUUGCCUGAUGGGCCUCCGCUAGAAGACACUUCUACUGAAGGCACGUUACACGUAGGGCUGGUAGAAGUAUACACGGUGAAUUACGAGGCAGACGAGAGAGGCUUCAAGCCGCAAAUUUCUUACCAAGACUCUGAAGAUUUCGCUCGCUCCGGCUAUGACAGCAACACGCGCAACCAAAAUGGCGCCCGCGGUAGGCAUGGCAACGAGCAUGGCCGCGAUCUCCAUGUCAACGGUAUCCAUGGCGACGCCCGCUCCAACGGCUACUGA